CCUGGCAACUCCAGCAACAAGCAAUUCACAAAUUCCAAAUGCUGUUUUGACGCCAAAUUAAGUUUUUCUGUUUGUUUACUCACUCGCCAUGAAAAUAUUAUGCGAGGUGCAGGUGGUGAACCGCACAACACAGGCGAACCGGACUCCUAGGCCCGUAAAGUCGACACUUGCCAUUGGCUACAAGCAGAGCGCGUCGGACUCCAAUGGAACAACGAAAAAAGAGCUGGAAAUGCUGCUGUUCAGUGGCCAGGCCAAGACCGGCACCCGGUACAAGGUGCGGGACAAUGUACAAGCCGUGCACACAAAGUUUAUCUUGGACGGAAAGGCCACUAUUGGCUUCCACCAGCCUGCGGAUAACUUGCUCAUCAAAUGUGAUCCCAUCCAGCUGAAGGGAUUUCUACAGACCUUGAAGCUGGGCAUGGAGGGCAAAGAUGCCAUUAACCUAAGACUGAACAUAGCGGCCGCCACGGCCAUACCCCAGAAGUCGCAGCCACAACAGAGGAUGGUCAUCAGCAAGCGCAGCGAAUAUCCCAUCAAGGGCUUCCCGCGCACCCUCAAGUCGCUGACCAUUAACAACAGCCAGUUGGUUAAACUCAGCUUUGAGAUCUGCACGCUACGCAACCUCACAACUCUGGAUGUCGGGGGCAACAAGUUGACCAAGAUUCCGCCAGAGCUAGGCCGCCUGUCCCUGACCACGCUGCACUUGAGUGGAAACUCUCUGGGCGAGUUGAAUGACUGGUGUUGGAUGCGUGGAACGAAGCUAAGUCAGUCUCUACGCGAGCUGGACUUGUCGAGCAAUGGAUUGACCUACUUCCCACCCGCUCUGGUUAAGUUUGAACGUUUGGUCACGCUCAAACUGAAUCACAACCAGCUGACCCGACUGCCUUUCGCCAUUAGGAGGCUGCAGGGUCUGCGCUCGUUGCACGUGUGCAGCAACAAACUGGAAUCCCUGCCCGCAGCAAUUGAGGAUCUCCACAUAGACCAGCUGGACGUGUGGGGCAACUGCUUCGGGGCCUUCAAUGUCGAAGCUGCUCAGCUACAGGCCCAGCGAUUGUCAGCGAGCAACAUCCCACAGCCGCUCUGGCUGCAAGCAGCUCGAGCCGUCGCCAACUACAAACUGCCCCUGUCGGCAGACUCUUUGCCUGCCAUUCUCAUCGAACUCAUCUCGGAGUCUCCCAAAUGCUUAUGUGGAAAGCUCUGCUUUGCCCUGCGCAAGGAAGAUGUCCUCCAGCGCGUUGUCCAGCCGAAAUUCACCAACAUCAAGAACCUCACUUACAGCCGCGAGCACCAGAUCUACGCGGACGUGGUCAUAUGUGGGCCCAACUGCAGCGCCUCGCAACAGCUGAAGGCACUCUUUGCUUUAAUGUUUCCUGUCCAUUAAUGGUUUUUAUUAUUUACCUUUUUUUAUUUUUAUAUUUCGUUUUCAAAGAAUUUUUUAAUUUAUUAUCCUCCCACACAAUCCCAUUGUUAAGCUAAGUGUCAAUAAAUCGCAUUUAAAU